GAUAGAGCAACAUUGCCCACUUCAGGCCGAAAGCAGGCUAAUCUCCGUGCUGUUACCGAGAAUUACACAACUUCCAGAAAAGUCUAAACCCACGGGGCAUUCUCUGCGAGUGAAUCACAGGGUCAACACCAGCGCGCGGUAUAAAUACCUACGAGGACGCAGUCCCGCCGCGCUUCAUCUGCUGCGGAGAGGCAGGAUCAGCGGGAAGGUUCACUGUCUCCACAGUCUGAGAGCUGAAGUACCUGCAGUCAGGCUCCUGAAAGUGUGGCUAAGAUGAUCCGCUCCUGGUCCCUCCUGGGGCUCUGCCUCCUGUUUUACUCUGUCCAGAGCCUGCUGCCCCCCUCCAAGGAGGAGCUGAACCAGCUUUCUCUCAUGGGCGAGAAGUACCUGGACAAGCAGAUUGAGAAUGCCAUCAGUGGAGUGAAGGAGAUGAAGUCUGUGAUGGACCAAUCUCAGGAGGAUCAUAAUAAUUUCAUAACAGCCCUGGAGAAAACCAAACAAAAGAAGGAGGAGGCCCUGAAGACAGCGCAGGAGAUGGAGGUCAAGCUGGAGGAGGAGCAGGAGGUGUGCAACGAGACCAUGCAGGCCCUCUGGGAGGAGUGCAAGCCCUGUCUGAAGAACACCUGCAUCAAGUACUACUCCAGGACCUGCAGCAGUGGCUCUGGCCUGGUGGGCCGGCAGCUGGAGGAAGUCUUAAACAGGAGCUCUCCCAUCUCCAUCUGGAUCAACGGGGAGAACAUCAACGUGCUGGAGAAGAAGGACCAGGAGCAGAGCGCAAAGUUCCAGAACCUGGAGGAGCGCUACACGGAGGUGGCGGAUGGCGUGGACGGCAUCUUCCACGACAGCAUGAAGGUGUUCGACCACAUGCGCUCCUUCCACCAGCCCAUGAUCUCCAGCCCCUUCGCGUUCCCCAGGUUCUUCGGGCAUGGCGAGCCGCGGUCGCGCACCUACAGGUCGCUGGUGCAGGACCGGGACUUCCACGGUUUCCACAGAAUGUUCCAGCCCAUGAUGGACAUGGCCCGUGGCCUCUUCGGCUCGCUGGGACCCUACAUGGGCUCGGAUGAAGACUUGGACCUCACGCCCUCUGAAGGAGAUGGCAGCGUUAAUGAGGACGUGGUCAUCACCAAGCCUUUGGGGAACGGUCAGAUGACCUGCAGGGAAAUCCGCCGCAAUUCAGCCGGCUGCAUCAAACUGAGGGAGGAAUGCGAAAAAUGCAAAGCCAUCCAGUCAAUUGAUUGUUCGGGGAAGAAACCGUUGGACGGACCUCUGAAGGAGGAGCUGGAGGCCGCUCUGGCCAUGGCGGAUAAAUUCACCCAGGAGUACAGCAGGCAGCUGAGGAGGUUCGAGGAGCAGAUGUUCAACACCUCCAGCCUGCUGGACAUGUUCAAUAGGCAGUUCGGUUGGGUGUCCGCCCUGGCCAACAACACAAAGACCAAAGAUGGCAUCUUCCAGAUUAAAACAAUAACGUGCAGGACCUCAGAAGACAACAAGGAGCCAGAGGACACCAAAGUGUCCGUGGAAGUGUUUGACUCCCCACCCAUGUCCUUCACAGUGCCAGGGGACAUUCCCUGGAGCGACCCCAGAUUCUCAGAGGUGGUGGCUCAGGAAGCUCUCGAGCGCUACAAGCAGGACACCAUUGUUGUGAAGUAAUCCAUCAGACACUUCCCAGGAUGCAGUGCUCAUAAAAGCAUUUCUAGCACAAUGCCAUAAGGCUGUAACAUGUGUGAAUCUCACAUUGUCCUCAACACCAUAAGACAUCCUUUUCCUAAUUUAGAAGCAUUUUGCAUGCAACAUAGUCUUUACUGUUGUGAACCUUCAAGACCAGCACUGAAUGAAAAUGUUCCGAGUUGCGUCGCACUCUUAGAAAAAGGCAAGACAAUGUAGCGUUUUAAAAGAAUGGGAGCUACUGUUAGUUUAAAAUGGGUGUCUUUACUUAUCGGCAUACAGCUUAUCUGCCCUAACACCGUUGUUGUAACAUUUCGCUUGGUAUGUAUUUUGUCUUGAGCUGAAAAUAUAAUUGCAAUAGAUACAUUUAUACAUUCCAACAUCCUGACUGCGAAAACUCAAUGCAGAAAUGAAUAAAAUACUGUACUUAAA